AUGGGUUCCCAAAGUGUGGGGGUGCAGUUUGUGUCUGAUGUAAGCAGAACAGGAACCGGAUUCACCAUGCACUUCAGUGAUGUUCAGGAAGACUAUAGUUUUGGAGCCCAAUGUGGAACAGUGGUGCUGUUACAACCCAAAAGGGCUGUGAAGAGCCCCUCCCAUCCACAACCGUACAACAACAACAUCCUUUGCCGCUGGGUCAUCUAUGCCCCAGAAGACCAUAUAGUCAAGCUGAACUUUGAUGACUUUGACCUUGAGGAAUCUGAGAACUGCAAAUAUGAUUCGCUUACAGUGUUUGGAGAUAUUAAUGGAGAGGAUGAAAUAGUGGUUGUAUGUGGCAGCAGUGUCCCUCCAGCUGUUCUCAGCAACGGUCAUGUAAUGCUUCUAGAGUUCAGCACAGACAGCAGCGUAUUUGGCCGAGGUUUCAACGCCGCCCUUUCUUUUAUCAGCAAAAAAGAUCUCAAAGACAUGACGUCUGAAGAUAAAGGAGAGGAAACAAAUUAUAACAGCAAAGUUAUAUCACCACAUUUAUGGGCUGGUUUGUCUUCUGUGUGUGAAAUGCAUGACGUCUUUGCUGUUGCUGGGUUGGACACACUGAGGAAAGCAGAAGAUGAUGGGAUUCUGCCCUGGCGGUGGCAUGUGAGCAUUGGUCUGGGUGCAGGUCAUGUGUGCAGCGGGACCAUUGUCCAUUCAACAUGGAUCCUUACUUCUGCAAGCUGUGUCUAUAACCUGUGAGCAACCGAAAAAUAAACAGUAGAUAAGGCCAUUCCUAGCGCAGUAAAAAUUUACUCACUUAGAAAAAGAGAUUAGAUCUUAUACAUAAACAGUAAAGUAUGCUGAUAAAAACUUUACCACGUGUCC